CUCCCUGCAACACACCGGGGCGAUCGCGGCCGCCGCUGCUGCCGCCGCCGCCGCAGGCACGGGCGCGGGUAGCGGAGCCAUGGCCGAGGGCGAGGACCUGCAGACCUUCACCUCCAUCAUGGACGCGCUCGUCCGCAUCAGCACCAGCAUGAAGAACAUGGAGCGGGAGCUGGUGUGCCCGGUGUGCAAGGAGAUGUACAAGCAGCCGCUGGCCCUGCCCUGUACCCACAACGUGUGCCACGUGUGUGCCAGCGAGGUGCUGCUGCAGCACGGGCACCUGUACUGCGACCCCACCUCCGAGCCCACCUCGCCCGCUGCCACCCCCUCCACCCGCAGCCCCCGCCUGGGCCGCAGGGCUGUCCCCAAACCCGACCGGCUGGACCGCCUGCUCAAGUCAGGCUUUGGCACCUACCCGGGGCGCAAGCGCGGCGCCGUGCACCCGCAGACCGUCAGCUUCCCGUGCCCCGCCUGCCAGCGGGACGUGGACCUGGGCGAGCGGGGCCUGGGCAGCCUCUUCCGCAACCUGACCCUGGAGCGCGUGGUGGAGCGCUACCGGCAGACCAUCAACAUCAGCGCCGCCAUCAUGUGCCAGUUCUGCAAGCCCCCGCAGCUGGAGGCCACCAAGGGCUGCACGGAGUGCAAGUCCAGCUUCUGCAAUGAGUGCUUCAAGCUCUACCACCCCUGGGGCACGCAGAAAGCCCAGCAUGAGCCCACGCCCCCCACCCUCACCUUCCGCCCCAAGGGGCUGAUGUGCCCGGAGCACAAGGAGGAGGUGACUCACUACUGCAAGACCUGCCAGCGGCUGGUGUGCCAGCUCUGCCGCGUGCGCCGCACCCACACCAGCCACAAGAUCACCCCGGUGCUCAGCGCCUACCAGGCCCUCAGGGAGAAGCUGACAAAGAGCCUCGCCUACAUCCUGAGCAGCCAGGACACGGUGCAGACCCAGAUUGCUGAGCUGGAGGAGACAGUGAAGCACACAGAGGUGAACGGCUCACAGGCCAAGGAAGAGGUGUCCCAGCUGAUCCAGGGGCUCUGUGCCAUGCUGGAGGAGAAGCGGGCCACGCUGCUGCAGGCCAUCGAGGAGUGCCAGCAGGAGCGGCUGGCCAGCCUGCACGGCCAGAUCCGGGAGCACCAGGCCAUGCUGGAGAACUCGGGCAUGGUGGGCUAUGCCCAGGAGGUGCUGAAGGAGACUGACCACCCCUGCUUUGUCCAGGCUGCCAAGCAGCUGCACAACAGGAUCCUCAGGGCCACCGAUUCGCUGCAGAGCUUCCGUCCUGCAGCCAACGCCUCCUUCAGCCACUUCCAGCUGGAUGUCAGCAGGGAGCUGAAGUUGCUCACUGACCUGGCCUUCAUCCGAGCGCCUGAGGCCCCCGUCAUCGACACGCAGCGCACCUACACCUACGACCAGAUCUUCCUGUGCUGGCGGCUGCCGCAGCACUCGCCGCCCGCCUGGCACUACACCGUGGAGUUCCGCAAGACCGACGCCAAGGCCAAGGGGCUGAAGCUGUGGCAGCGGCGGGAGGAGGUCAGGGGCACCUGCGCCCUCGUCGAGUACCUGGACACCGACAGCGUCUACGUGCUCCGGGUGAAGGGCUACAACAAGGCGGGUUUUGGGGACUACAGCGAGGACAUCUACCUGCACACGCCGCCCGCCCCAGUCCUCAACUUCUUCCUGGACAACCGCUGGGGCUUCAACCGGGACCGGCUGGCCAUCAGCAAGGACCAGCGUGCGGUGCGCAGCGUGCCCGGCAUCCCCAUGCUCUUCGCCGCCGAGCGCCUCAUGACCAGUUGCCACCUGUCCAUCGACCUGGUCAUCGGCGACGUGGCCAUCACCCAGGGCAAGAGCUACUGGGCCUGCUGUGUGGACCCCAGCUCCUACCUGGUCAAGGUGGGCGUGGGGCUGGAGAGCAAGCUGCAGGAGUGGUUCCAGGUGCCGCAGGACGUGGUGAGCCCCAGGUAUGACCCCGACAGUGGCCACGACAGCGGGGCAGAGGACACAACGGUGGAGGCGCCUCCUCCCUACGCCUUCCUCACCAUCGGCAUGGGCAAGAUCCUGCUGUCCCACGGCUCGGCCCUCACGUCCCGCGACCCCAACGGCUGCACCGUGCCCCUGCCCCCGCGCAUUGGCAUCUGCCUGGACUACGAGCAGGGCAAGGUGAGCUUCUACGACGCCGUGUCCUUCCGCGAGCUCUGGGAGUGUGGCGUGGACUGCUCGGGGCCCGUCUGCCCCGCCUUCUGCUUCAUCGGAGGGGGGGCCCUGCACCUGCAGGAGCUGGUGGCCAACAAGCAGGAGAGGAAAGUGACCAUUGGGAACUUUGCCAAGCUGGACUGAGCCACGCCCGCGGUCCCCACAUGGCCCCCGGGCACCCUGCGAGCACCAGGGGGACACAAGUGGCCAGGGAGCAGAGCAGAGCAGAGCAGGGGUGGCCCCGGCCGUGCCGCCACCGGGGACAGGCCAGGUGUUUGUUUUGUGGGAUGGGGGGGACGGGGACAGCUUUGCCGUCCCCUCCUCACCCUGUCUGCCUGCCCCUGGCUCCAGCUCAGCCCCAGGCUGCUCUGGGCUGGGGCUGUGGGCAGGGCUGGCAGAGGGUCAGCCCUAGAGAGGGGUCAGGGAGGGGGACGGGGCUG